GCAAAAGUCAAUAUAAAUUAAAGAUACACCAUUCCUGGCCAAUAAGAGACAGGAUCCACCUUCCGAGUCAUCAACACCAGGCUAUGAGAAUUACAGAGCACAUUACAGUAUUUCCUAUUACAAGAACACCCUACAGCCCCUCUUGCCAGAAAGGUGCAUAUUUCUGAUUUGGAGACCAUCUCUGGAACAUCCAUUUCUAAAAAUGGCAGCUAAUAACUUUAGUCAAACUUGGUUCGUGAUCAAUGAUGCCACAUCUAUAAAUCAAGACACUGAAUUUCAAGUUCAGCAGAUGCAGCUGUUUCAUGAUAGCUGGAAGAUUGCUUUCUUUCUUAUUUUGCUGCUUUUUGUUCUUACUGUAAUUAGCCUGGUUUUAUUAGCAUUUCUUCACGAGCUGCUUCUUUGCUGCUUUUGUACAAAGAGCAAAAGUUUAGAAAUUCUGGACAAUGAACCCCAUGCUGCAAGAAUUGUGAUGAGUACUAUGAAAAGACAUAAAAUUGAAAUGGUAUAGAAAAUGAUUUAUCAUGACAGACAAAUCAAAAUAAAUCAAACUAUUUCAGAUGGAAAUUUAUUGCCAUUUGAUAUCAAAACAAAUGAAAAAAUCUUCAGCACAGGAUUAGUCAUUGAGAAUUUGGUAAAAUAGUCAGCAAAGUAAACUAGAUUAGAGUCUUGUUAACAAAAAAAUAAUCUUCAAAUACAGAAGAUGACUUAAAGAAAGUAGUGUUUUAUUAAUCUGAUUCCAGAGCGCCUGAAUUAAAAUGAGAGCUCGGAGGUUAAUUUACAACAGUGAUACAGAUCCAUUGAUUCAGUUAAUAAUGUGGAAACUGUUCAAGGAUGGGGUUGAGGGAGGCAGUUGUCCGAAAAAAAAAGGACAAUGGCCUGAAUCUUCAGAUCUGGGCCAGAAUCUUUAUUUUCAAUCCUGAUCAGAAAAAAAAAAUUGUCCACUGACCUUCGGAGGAAUUUUCCUAAGUGAAGCACUGAGCCAGAGUCAUCCCAGCCAAACCAGUCCAGUUCCGUUCAGGAACUCACUCAUUGGAUCUGAAACUACAUGCUCUUUUGCAGCAAUAACCAUCAUAUUCCACAUUUAAAAGGUCCAAAGUCACUUUGACUUAUACUUACAUCUCUCAAGAGAUGAGGCAGUAAAAGGGCCCAGGGCCCAAUAGGUAUAGGGGACCAGGGUGCUAGAUGCACAAGGAGAAGUGUACAGCAGGCAAAUAGGCAGGCAAUGGUGCUUAGAAUAGAUUAGAGGCUGUUGUGGAGCUAAAGUAGGUUUGGUUGGGGAAGUUCAUGAGAAUCUGGGGUAGGGGUUGGUGAGAGUAUGAGGUGGAGGGUCAAUGGAGUGUCA